UCCUGCCGGAAAGCCACAACUCGGGUUUCUGGUUCCGGCCUCCAGAGUGGUUUUAGCGGUUUCUCUACCUCCACUUCACAUCUGCAGUGGAGUGAGAAGCCGGGCUGGGCCUCUGGGUCUGUGUUCCCUGGCGGAUGGACCGGGAGACGCGCAUCUUUGCUGAACAGCACUUCCGGGACCUCGGGGGCCAAGUACCCGGCGGCUGCCUGCCAGUGCCGAGCGGCGUGGCCUUCAUCCAGGUGCCGGACGCCUUCCCCUACGCCGACUUCGUGAAGGGCUUCCUACUGCCCAACCUGCCUUGCGUGUUUUCUAGUGCUUUCACCGAGGGCUGGGGCAGCCGGAGGCGCUGGGUGACGUCCGCGGGGAAGCCGGACUUCGAGUACCUGCUGCAGAAGUAUGGAGACGUGGUAGUACCGGUUGCCAACUGUGAGGUCCGAGAAUACAACUCAAACCCCAAGGAGCACAUGCCCUUCCGCGACUACGUCAGUUAUUGGAAGGAGUAUAUCCAAGGAGGCUGCUCCUCCCCGCGGGGGUGCCUCUACCUCAAGGACUGGCACCUAUGCAGGGAUUCCUCAGUGGAGGACUUGGAGGAUGUGUUCACCCUGCCUGUGUACUUCUCAUCAGACUGGCUGAAUGAAUUCUGGGAUGCCCUCAACGUGGAUGACUACCGUUUUGUCUAUGCGGGGCCGAUGGGCACCUGGUCACCCUUCCAUGCGGACAUCUUCCACUCCUUCAGCUGGUCAGUCAACAUCUGCGGGAGGAAGAAAUGGUUGUUCUUCCCACCAGGGCAGGAAGAGGCCCUGCGUGACUGCCAUGGUGCCCUGCCCUAUGACAUGACCUCUCCUGAACUCCUGGAUACCCGUCUGUAUCCCAGGAUCCAGGACAGCAGCCCACCCCUUGAAGUCAUACAGGAGGCUGGUGAGAUGGUGUUCGUGCCCAGCGGGUGGCACCAUCAAGUGUACAACCUGGACGACACCAUCUCUAUCAACCACAACUGGAUCAAUGGCUUCAACCUGGCCAACAUGUGGCACUUCCUCCAGCAGGAGCUCCAGGCUGUACAGAAGGAGGUUAGCGAGUGGAAAGACUCCAUGCCAGACUGGCAUCACCACUGCCAGGUCAUCAUGAGAUCCUGCACGGGGAUAAAUUUUGAAGAAUUUUACCAUUUCCUCAAGGUCAUUGCUGAAAGGAGACUACUCAUCCUGAGGCAAGAGCUGGAAGGGGAUGGAGGGAACAAUACAGGCCUAGAGCUAGGCUUGCAGCAGGCUGUGUUUGAUGUUGGCCGCCUCACAGAUGUGCUGGCCUCUGUGGUCACACAUCCUGACUUUAAGAGAGUGGACAUCAGCGCAUUCUCACCACAGCCAGAGGAGCUGCUUCAGCAGCUGGAGCAUGCUGUGACCACUGCUGAGGCCCUCUGACACUGCUGAGAUCAUGACACAGGAGGUACUCUGGAAGGCAGUCUCUUGCCCUGGGGUCCUUCUAGAAGUGUAAGCCACCUUCCCUUGAAGCCUAGGAUGACCUCUGCAGAUCAGGUGUGGUUCCUCCAGGGUAGCUUGACAUAGUCCUGCCCAUCUACCACUUUCCCAGGGUCCAGGUCCUGGAUCUUAGGGAAGGCCCAGCCAAGAUGAGAGCUCAGCCCAUGAGGGGUAGCCAGAGAUUAGAGGGAUGUUUACCCAUCUGGCCUGCAGCAAGCCUGCCAAGGACUUGAACUUGGAUAGUGGCUAUGAGACUGGGCUUCCUGGAGCCUUCCAGUCUCCCCUAGUGAGCCUAGGACUCAAGUGAUGGACAUUUAGUCUGCCUACCUUGGAUUCUCCCUAUCUGGCCUGGCCUGUGUCCUGAUCAUGUGAACAUAUACAGUUGCCCUUAAGUUAUGUCCUUGGAGCACCACACUCCACCUGGUCCAGGAGGAAUUAGACAGGCUGUCGCAGGUUGAAGAUGGCUUCUUUUUUUUUUUUUUUUUUUUUUUGAGACAGGGUCUCUCUGUAGCCCCAGCUGGCCUAGAACUCACUAUGUAGACCACCUGCCUCUGCCUCCCAAGUGCUGGGAUUAGAGGUGGAUGAAGAGGGAUUCUUAAGCCUGAAGGUGGAUUCUGGAUUUUUUUGGUCUUUUUGAGCAGGGGCUCUCUGUAGCCCCAGGUGACCUGAAACUUACUAUGUAGACCAGGCUGGUCUCAAACUCACAGAGAUCCACCUGCCUCUGCCUUCCAAG